AAUUAAUCACUUUCCACCUUUUCCAGCCACUAUCCAUCCACCAAACCACUCGCCAGAAAAUCCCAUUUCCAGAUUAACAAUCGAAAUAUUGUGAAAGACCAAUGAACGCAAAGCAAAAUUGGAAAAAAUUGACCAAGUUGACUAUCAACAUGAAAUCCUAGAAAAUAGAAGAGAGAAAGAGACCGUCAGUUUCGAGACAAAUACGGCAUUGAAUUUGAUCAGAAGGACAAGCUUCAAUGUCGAUCGCGGUCGUAGGAAGAAUGGGAGAUGUCGGCGACAUUUAUGAGAGGAGUUGCAUCGUCAUCAUCUGUGUUGCCCGCCAUUGACGGGCUUCUUGAAGGUCGAAGCUUCUCUCUCUUUCUCUCUCCUCUGAAACUAUGAUUGUGUUCGUUUUCCGAUGAGAGAGAAUGGUGAGGGGAUUGGCGGUGACAUUUUGGUGAGGGGCGGCGAUGUUCCGGCGAGAAGUGGGUGAGGGUGGCUGAUGUGGGUACGGUGGUGGUUGGGGAAAGGGAAUGGGAAAGGCUAGGGGGGGUGGGGAAUGGGAGUAGAAGAUUUUUGGGUAAUCAAAAGGGAAAGGGAAUGAUAGAAAUGGAAAAAAAAAAAACAACAACAAAGGGAAUGAUUCCUUUGCUUAUUAUUGCGAACCAAACGACCUUUGAGUUUAAACAGUUUUUUGAGCUCAUUUGAAAGUCCGAGAUCAUGUUUGAACUUGCCUAUAAAAUCAAACCAGAACAAGGUAAAACUCGGCUCGGCUCAUUUACACCAUUUAAGUUACGAUUCUUUACACUUCGUAGUAUUUAGUAGGAAGUACUAGUUGCCUAGUUGGUAUAUUCUCUCCUUAUCUUCCUUCCUUUUGCACUUCAAAUCCAGAGUCAUCUCUAGUUGAUUCAUCACUCAUCAGCCAUCCACUCUUCUUCUUCUAUCUCAAAUUCUCUCUUCUCCUCCACUUUCCACCAUUAAUGGCGUCAACCCCAUUAACUUCUACUUUUUCCGGCAAUUUUUCAACCAAUCUAAACUCAAAUUCUUCCAUAUUUCGACCAAAACUAUGCACCCCCUUUUCAAUUAACCGCCAUUUUCACACCCUUUAUACAUACCCUCCUCAGAGCUUCUUACUUCCCAAAUUCACUGCUAAUGGAAGAUCAAAGACUGGUACUUUAUCACGUUUACUACCAGUUUCUUGCUCUUACAAUUCCCAAAACGGCAAUCCUAAACCAAAGGGAGGUGGAUUGGACUGGCCAAUUUUGAAGCGUUGGGAUGUGCCUUGGCCAUGGCAAACCGUUUCGCUUACCUCGCUUGCUUGUGGAAUAAGUUUUGUGGUAACAGGUUUGAUAGAGGCGCAAGCAUUGCCAUAUCUUGGAUUUAACUUUGGGGAUUUGACGUUAGAUGAAAAGGCAGAACUAUUGUUUGUGGAUCAAGGCAUAACUACAGCAGCUGUUUUAGGAGUCCUUUUCAGUCUUACCAAGUCCUUUCAGCCACUUCCCGAUGACCUCUAUCGAUAUGAUUUGAGAGAACCGUUCAAUCUACGAAAAGGAUGGCUGUUAUGGGCUGGGAUUGGGUUUGCUGGGGCUCUUGGAGCCAUUGCAUUGACAGGAGUAGCUCUGUCCUUCUUUAAUGGUGAGAACCCACAAAGAGAGACUGAUGCUCUGGUUCGCUUGUUGCCACUGAUUGGAUCAUCAGAAGUUAGCACAGUCUGCUUGUUGGGAGUCACUGGCUUUCUUGCUCCACUACUUGAAGAAACUGUAUUUAGAGGAUUUUUUAUGGUAUCCAUGACAAAAUGGAUCCCAACUCCGGUAGCUGUGGUAAUUAGUGCUGCUGUAUUUGCACUUGCUCAUUUGACUCCUGGUGAAUUCCCCCAAUUGUUUGUUCUUGGUACUGCUUUGGGAUUAUCAUAUGCUCAAACUCGCAAUUUGCUAACUCCCAUCACAAUUCAUUCGCUCUGGAAUUCUGGUGUUAUCUUGCUCCUUACAUUUCUUCAGCUCCAGGGCUAUGAUAUCAAAGAACUUUUGCAGUCUCAGUAAGGAAAUACAGUAGGGAAACAGGUGUGCAACACCGCCACUUUCACGCCAAUCCAACCUCAAUCUUGGUUGCCUGAAUUUCUUAGGUUUUACCUUUCUUUGGUCCUUUGACUUUCGUACUUAGGUGAAGCGCAUGUCUUAUACUAUAUUUUCAAGCCAAGACCUGUAAAUGGAUAAGUAUAUACUGCUAAUAAGUCAGGUGUACAUGAAAAUUUCAUGUUGGUGGCCUAAUAAGUCAUAUAUUGCCCUAAUUGUACAAUAUUAUUGUUUUA